AUGACACUUGUGCUAAGUCCUGAAGAUGCUGGUGGGAUAUCGGAUCCCAACUGUAUCGAGACUCCUCGUCAGAUUCAAUUCAACGGCGAUGAUUUAGACUGUUCGAGUCUGACUCCCAUACAUACCGAUAAGCCAUCUCCAACUACCCCACCAACUGAUGGGAUCGAUACCACCAUGGACACAACACCAGGAGCAUAUGACUCCAGCGAAGCAGAUACCUCCACGACGUCAUCGACUCCAGCAAAGAAGACCAGAAGAAGACGUAGAAGAAAUAAAAAGAAGAAUAACACUGCCCCUUCUACUUCUGCCUCCAACAGUACCACCACCACAAGCACCACUAAUCUAGAUACUACAGGAGAGAACGAUACAAUUGAUAGCAUUACGGAAGAAGAACCAGCAGGUGCCACCAACAAAUCUGAACUAUCACCAAACCCAUUCAACAUCCUGCUAAGAUCUACAAAGUCCAAUCUUAAUGGUAAAUAUAACACCACCUUAUUAGAAGCCAGUUCGGUGAAGACCAUCAUUGGGAUCUCCAGAACUCAAAUCUUGAACCUCGGAAUUAACGAUGUCAAGAUCAAAACAAUUGUCUCCAAAGCAAGCAAGUUGACAACCAACAUCUUAAACUUUGUUCAGAAAUAUUCCGAUACAUUCUUUAGUGAUUUUAAUAACCAGAAGAUGUUCUUUAAGCUUUGUAUUUAUGUUGCUCUCUAUGAGUCGCACGGGUUCAGCAAGAUCAAUGCAGACUUCCCAGUGCUCGACAUGAUUGGCGGAUAUAGUGAGAUCACCUUGGACACAACGGGGACCAAAUUAACUCCGUCGACUAAAAAACAAGUCCAUCAGAAUAACUUGGAUUAUGCUGUUCUCGCCUACAUUGGUCACAUUCUAAUCUGGGUAUUGUUCUUGCAGAGACAAGCAAGAUUACCUUUAUCAAUUGAAAAAUAUGACAUUGAAUUGUCCCAAACAACAAUCAGACAACAUAUUGGUGGUGUCCAUUUAUGGAGUAAGCUCAUAAGAGAGUCUGCCACAAUGAAUGCAAAAAGGUGGAAACAUAUCUACAAGUUCAGACAAAUGUUUCCCUUUGAAGAAGACCAGUUCAUGUUGAUUGUAAGGUUUAUGCAUUUGGAAGGUGAAAUCCCGUAA